CCGGAAGUAAACAUUGCACAUCCGGCUGAUAAGGAAUGCAGCUUGUGAAAUCACAAUUUAUAUAUGACAGCGUUUAAUCGGUUUGGAAAAAAGUGUAAAUGUAAAUAUGGGGAAAAGAAAGAAGGCAGUACCAAAAAGAGUAGACGAAGAAAAAAGAAGAUGUUUAACAUGGAAUUUGUUAGAUGGGGCCUCUGGUUCCCUGUCAAUAUGUUCAGACAAUGAUUCUCAACUCUUGAAAGAACAGGUUGAAGCUGGUGUCAAGUCCUCUCAGCCCAGUACUUCAUCGGGUGUGGAGUCUCAAGAGGAACGUUCAGCUGUCAAUGACUCUUACGUUCAGUCAGUUUUGAACUCGUAUCUGGAAAAUUGUGUGCAUUGUGUUACAAUUCAGCAAGAGCUAAGAGUAAAAUCAAAUGAAUGGUGUAAGCAAAUUGCCACAUUCUCAUUGGCAAUUUCUGAGGAAAAGCCUCUUUUUGAAUUAACAGACGAUUGUUUUAGUCAGACAGAAGAAUUUUGGUUCUAUGUUGGUUGUGAUGGGUGCAAAAGUUUCAUUUAUACAGAAGAAAAAACUGCAAAUGGACUAAAGAAGUGUAAAUUUUGGGGCAUAUCUUGUUCUUUACCUACUGAGGUUUUGGGAGGCUUUGAAGCUGACAGAAUAUUUCAGUUGGUAUUGGACAGAUAUGAUCCGAAUCGUCAGUCGAUGGACAUAGUUAUAUACCUUAGACAGGCUGCCCUUGUUGAUUUGAAGUUUGCAUGUGAACCACUGAAAAUGAAAAAGCAUAGCUCAGCUGUUCAGAAUGUUAUUGGUCAUUUCUUUGGAUUUAAACAACCUGAAUACAUGAGUGAAUUCACAAGAAAACAUGAUAUAGAAGGUCUGUAUCUGUCUGUCAAAGAACAUCAUGGAAUAGAGAAAUAUAAGUAUGUAGAUGAGGCAACAGUUGAUAUUCAACAUCCUUGUCUGAUUCCCAGUUUGAGGCAAUACCAGAAAGAGGCUGUCAGAUGGAUGAUGAGACAGGAGUCUGAUACAAAAAUCCAUCAGGGCAAAGAUGCAGACUUACAUAUGCUGUAUAGUAUUAUACAACUGCCUGAUGGUACAGAAUUAUAUUAUAAUAAAACAGUAGGAAGUUUGACAUUAAAGAAAUUCCCUGCCACAGAAAGACUUCCAGGAGGUAUAUUGGCUGAUGAAAUGGGGCUCGGAAAGACUGUGGAAGUAUUAGCUUGCAUUAUACUAAAUCCUAGGACUGACAUGAUGGAAACAAAGACAGACAUAGAAGAGAUUCAAUCUGUUAAUCCAGAGACAUUAGAUGGUUCUUCAGGUGAAGCCAAAGACCAACCUGUAGACAUUCCAAGUUCAAACGAUACUAAUAAUACAAUUGUUUCUUCAAAUUCAGUACAAAAUAUCAGUGAUCAAACUAUUGAAAAUAAUGACAAAACAUCCUGUGUGUCCUCACAAGAGGAAGUAUUUGACAAUCAACUGUCUCGCAGUGAAUCUGUAAAUGGUAGCUCAUUGGAUUGUGUUAAGACAUCUUCUGGAGUAUCUGUGUCAUGUGAUAAACAAUGUGAAACUGGAUUAGGUAAUGUUCAAGAGGAAAAUGGUAACCAGUCUACAGCAGGUUGUGAAUUGAAAAGUGAUUAUAAGUCUAGUGAAAACUCUAUGGUAGAACAAAAUAAAGUUAUUAAAUCAAAUUCUAGUAGAAAAGGAAGCAGAAAGAAUAGUACUGGACUCAAAGAAGAAGAAAUGGAAUUCAAAAAUAUCUUUGACAGUCAGAAAGAUGUUGGUCCAAAAGAAUUUUUUGAGUGUAUCUGUGGAACAAAAGAAAGUAAAGCAUUUGAUCAGAAAGAUGCCAAAAGUAAUAUACAGUGUAUUCAGUGUGGACUGUGGCAACAUGCAGAAUGUGUGAACUUUAACCUUCUUGACCCAUCCAAGCCAGAGUUCAUGUGUCCUCACUGUUUAGUGAGAAAUAAGCCACUAAAGUCAAGUGCCACUUUGAUUAUCUCCCCUUCAUCAAUCUGUCAUCAAUGGGUGGAUGAGAUCAUGAAACAUAUACAUGAUCAAACAUUAAAAGUUUUUGUAUAUAAUGGAGUACACAAACAAGGAUUUAUACAGCCUGAUACCCUGGCCAGACAAGAUAUUGUAAUUACAACCUAUGAAACUCUGAGGAAAGAGAUAGAUUAUGUGGAUCUACCUCACAGUAAUAGUGAAAGUGGACGAAAAUUCCGACACCCCAAAAGAUUCAUGGCUAUACCAAGUCCUAUAACAGCUGUAGAAUGGUGGAGGAUUUGUCUAGAUGAAGCUCAGAUGGUAGAGUGUACAACAACAAAGACAGCUUUGAUGGCUCUGAGAUUGACAGCUGUCAACAGAUGGUGUGUUACUGGUACCCCAAUUCAAAGAAGUGUAGAAGAUUUGUAUGGACUAUUCCUAUUCCUGGGUAUAGAUCCAUUCUGGGUAAAGCAAUGGUUUGAGACGAUUUUAUUUAAACCAAUGUGUCAUGGAGUUACCAAGCCACUGUAUGAUACAGUGUCAUCUAUACUGUGGAGAACAGCCAAGAAAGAUGUUAUUGAACAGAUUAACAUACCAGAACAGACAGAGCAUGUUCACUGGCUGACCUUUUCUCCUGUUGAAGACCAUUUUUAUAGAAGACAGUAUCAUGAUUGUGUUAGAGACUGUAUGAAGAAAUUAAGUAAAUGGGCAGACAACUCUACAAAGUUGAGCAGCUUAGACAGACAGACAAUGAACCAGCUGUUGUAUCCAUUAUUGAGGUUAAGACAAGCUUGCUGUCAUCCCCAGGCAGUCAGAGGAGAAUUUCUACCUCUACAGAAAAGUACAAUGACCAUGGAGGAGCUUUUAGAAUCAUUGACAAAAAAAGCAAAAACUGAAUGUGAGGAAGCUCACAGACAAAUAGUAGCAGCAUUGAAUGGUCAAGCAGGGUUACAUAUCAUUAAGGAACAGUAUCUAGAGGCAGUAGAUGGAUACAGGGAGGUAUUGAGGUCAGUUGAGGAACACAAGGAGGAGUUACGUACUGACGAGUUACAACAGUUACAUGCCUUACAUAAUCUACAGGAAAUAAUGGCAUUGAAACCUAAAGGAUUAGAGCCGACGCUCAGAAAUGACCAGUUGUCUGAUCAAGCAAAAGAUAUACGACACAAAUAUAUGGCCAGAGCCGAGACUAAAGUAACACAGUCUGAGCAGCAUCUGAAGUCUGUACAGGAUAAUCUUAACCAAGUCAAAGAUGAGUUUGCAGAAGGAUCAGAGUGGUGGCUAGAAUUGAUAGACCAUUCUGUAGACAGAGGUAUUCAUGAGGAUCUUGUUGAUCAUGUCAAAUCUGACUUAUCUGACAAUGCUGGAGAGUUAGGACCACACAUAUCUAUAGCUAAUGUGUUUCAUGACACCAGAGGAUUAGAAUUAGUUUUAGAACAGAGACUAGAGGCCCUGGAAUCUGCACGUGAGAAACUGAUGACAUCAUUAAAUAUGCUGAGUCAGGGACUCACUCCUGCCAUGAUGAAUGAGACUGUUGAGUGUUGUUUAAGACCUGUUGGUGAAAUAUCUGGAAAAUGUCAGUUUUGUGAGACAGACAAGCACUUUCAAGACUUUGAAUCCAAAUUGUAUUCUUUUACAGAGCAAGGUGUAGUUAUGUCAGGGGACCAGUACCAGGUAGGAACCAGACGACAGGGAACCUGGGCAGAUAGUCAGGUGGAGAAAUCACUCAAGUCUUUACUUGGCUUUGCCAAACAUCAAAGAUUUAACAGGGAUGUAAUCAGCUCUGGUGUAACACAUAUAAAGGUCUUUGAUGUUAUGAAGAAAGAAUUUAAGGGGUUGAGAGCUGUAUGGAUGUCCUUAAGAGAACAGGUAUCCAGUGUAGAUGAGUUAGAGAUGGCUACUACCAGACUGAGGCUUAGGUUUCCUGAUGAAGCAGAGCCAACUACAGCACAGAUGAAUAUCAUAGAACCUGUCACAAUAGAACAACAUAGACAGAAACUGAAAGCUGAUCAAAUUGUAGGAAGGUGUGAAUUGAGAAAAAAACUUGGCCAGUUGUUAUACCUGAAGAAUCUGGCAAAAACACAGGGUGACAAUGAAGAUGGACACAAUCCUGAACCAUGCCCCAUAUGUCAAAGAGAAUUAGGGGUAGAAUGGAGUGUGAUGCAUUGUGGGCAUUGUUACUGUUUGGACUGUAUGAGGAUAUUGUUAGAACAGUACAGUUUUGGCGGGAGAAAUCGUGUUGUUAAAUGUGCAGUCUGCCGAGAAAAGACUUACAGAAGUGAUGUGUCAUAUGUUAGUACCAAAAAGACUGAAGACUCAGAUGAUGUCCAGAAUUUUAAUAUUAAGGGCAGUCAUUCCACCAAAGUUCAAGGAAUUGUGAAGCAGAUGAUAAAGAUUCACCACAAAGACCCUGAAGCAAAAAUCCUCGUCUUUUCAACAUGGACAGAUGUACUGAAUGUUUUAUCUACAGCUCUUACAGAAAAUAAUUUCGAACACAGAAUGUUGUAUCAUGGAGCUAAAUUCCAGCAAAAUUUGGCAUCAUUUAAAGAAGACAAAAACAUUACAGCCUUACUGCUACCUAUACAGUCAGGAUCUAAUGGUUUGAAUCUGAUAGAGGCUACAUAUGUAAUCUUAGUGGAACCUAUUCUUAAUCCUGCACAGGAACUUCAGGCCAUUGGUCGUGUUCAUAGGAUUGGGCAAACUAAGCCAACGGAAGUCCAUAGAUUUCUAGUAAGAGCUACUAUUGAACAAAAGAUGUACAGCAUGUUAAAGUCUAUAGAGAUCAAAGCUACUAGUCAUGAUACAGAGGAAAAUUCCCUCACAAUAGGAGACCUUACCUCACUUUUGUCUGAAGAACAAAGAGAUCAGGAUCAAGCAGAUCAGGAACCAGAGGAACCAGUUCAAAAUCUUGCAGAAGAUGCAACAGGACAGGGAGAAGAACCAGUUCAAAAUCUUUUGGAAGAAGUACCAGUACAUGAAGAUGAACCAGUUCAAAAUCUUGGGGAAAAUGUCCCAAUAGAAAACGUUGUUACAGAACAGGAAGUUGGUAUAGAUCAAAGUUUGCAAAUACCAUUGGAAACUAUUGAAACAGGUGAACUUACAGAAAAUAAUCUGUUACGGUCAGAACAACAAAUGGACAACUUUGAUGUGAAUAUGUCAUCUGAAAACAGUGUUAAUCUAGAAUCAGUUGACAAUUCAGUUACAAAUGCACAACCCUGAAAUGUCAGUAAAAUUUCAGUGGAAACAUUUUUCUUGCAUUUAAUCAGUUGAAUCUUUGUCUCACGACAAUUUACAAACUGAAGACAUUUUGCAUGUUGAAAGUGCAAUUACUGAAGAACUAGCAAUUGAUGCUUUUAACCUAAUUCUAACCAGAAAUACCGGAAUCAAUUCAUAUACAUGGGUUAAAUUGUGCAUAAAAGCAUGGAUUAAAUGAAAUAUCAUUCAGAAAUCUGUGAAACAGUUACAUACGAUGCUAUGGAAACUAUAUGAAUGUAGUAAAGCUAGAGCUACAUAGAAAACAAUGUGGUAGAUGAUCAUGUAGGGAGAUAGUAUUGUGGAUUCAUUUAUUUUCAUUAGUAACAAUUUUUAUGGUUUAAAAAAAAAAUUGCAAUUCCUAAAUUUUUCAUAGUAUCAUUAUUUAUUUAUUUCAAACUGUCUUAAAAUUUUAAGAAUUUCUCACUUCAAUGUCCUAUGAAAAUAAUUGCUUCUUCUGAAUAUAAAUGAAUCAGAUCUUUUUUAAUUGUAGAAAUUGCUGUUGUAAAAUUACUUUAUUUUAAGCAUGUUAAGUGGCAUAAGUAAACUUAAUGUACAAAAGGUUAACUAAGAAUUUCUGUAAAAAUUCAAUGUUAAUUAAUAUGGUUGAUAAAUGGCAAAAAUAUUACUGUACAUGUAAAGCUAUAAGUUUAUAUUCCUGUAAUAGUAGCAAAUGUAGAAUUAUCAACUAGUGGCAUUAAUUUUUUAACUGGCAAAAAAUCAUUUUUUUUUUUUAGCUCAAAAUGGCAUAUUUAAAAAUUGACAUUGACCAUUUUUUCAGGACCAUUGAACAUCCUUUGGUUAAAGCUUUUCUAUGUGGAUGGUUUAAUAUCCUGAUAUAUAUCUGAAAUAUGCUAUGUAGGAAAAUAUACUAUUUUUGUUAGUAUCAGUCAGGAUUUUCACCCAAACUUUCAGCUAUACAUCAAUUAACUGAACAUUAUAUUUAAUUUUCUUGAAAAGAAAGAAUUCAGCUGUUACUUAUUCUGUAGAUUUUAAAAACUCAUUUACCUAAGUGUGACAUAAUUGACCUAUAUUUAAAAAAUCAUUAGGAACAAAUGCAAACAGUAAUAUUUUUUCAUAUUUUUAAAAUUAUCUUUUUCAAAGAAAACAAUAUCCAUUCAUAAAAUGAAAUCAUUUUUAAGAAAUGGAAAUUUUAUUUUUGAGUUUUAGAAUUAUCUUUAAAAAAAAAUUACAUUGUAAUUAUAUGAGAUUUUUUAUUGUCCCAUUUUUUUCCAACUAAUUUUAAGUCUUUUUUUAUCCCUUUUAGUUCCCUUCUGUAUAUAAAUGAAUUUAAAAAAAAGUCUAGUUUCACUGGCUACUUAACUGUUUGCUGAUGAUACACUAUUUAAGUCAUUCCAUGUCCAACAUUUAAGAUUUAAAAAUAAUGAUUAUUCAUGAUUAAAAUGAACUAAGUGGUGGGUAUAGACUAAAAAGUGGCUCUUGUACUUAAAAUUUAAAGAUUUCUAAACUAAAAGGAAUAAUUGGACUAUGCAGUUGUCCUUUCUCAUUAGCAAUUGAUAAAUUCUCUAUAUUUGUAUCCUUCAAAUGAUAUAGUUGACCUUAAAGCAAAAAAAGUGAUAAAUUGAACAAUAUUCAAUAACAAACAAUAUUCUAGAAUAAAUAUACACAUUGUGUAUCUCUAAAUAUAAAAAUAACAUCAGUGAUCAGAAAGCAUGUUAUCAGAAUGAGGAGGUAAUAUCUUAGCCUCUUUCUGACAUCCUUUAUUAAGGAAUAGAUAUGAUUGGUUAACAAUGCCUUGGCCACUCCUGUUGUGUUUCUCCAUUUUGUUACAUACUUUAACAGUACAAAAAACAAUUCCUAGGGAGUUUACUCUGAUUGUAAUUUCAUCCCAUAUUAUUUUUCUAAACUUAUGUGCCACAGUGUUAGUCUAUUUCCCAUUUAAAAUGUUUGAAAAAUGUUUGAAUGUUAUUCAACUAGUUGUUCAAUUUAAAAGUCAUCUUCUGCCACUGUAAAGAUUGUCUCCUUAAGCCUUUUCAGUUUGCUGGGUUUACCUUCAGCCAUUUUUUUAAGACCGGAAUCUCAAAAACAAUGCAUAAUUUGCAUGAUUAACUGCAGGUCUAAUUUUUAUGUAACAAGUCUCUGCAGCCUAUCCAUUUAUCUUCAGGUGUAUACUUCUGCUUUUGUUGACCUAUUUUCUGUAAUAAGAAAAAGAAAUAGCCUCGAUAAUAUAUCAUUUGAACUAAUAAGUAGUUAAAUUAAUUAUACAUGUAGGUACUGACAUUGUUCAUCAUGUUAGAAAUGUUCCUUUAUUUGUCUGUAAAAUAUUACAUUUACUGUUAAGUCUAUUUUUGAUGAUAUCCACUAGCCUUAAAACAAGUGACUUCAAAAUUAGUGUGAUAAGCUUAGCAAGUUAUGAAUGUUUUUUUUACAAAGUAAAUAUUGCAUGAGUAAGUGAUCAGACUGAUCUUUCAUUCUUUGUUUGUGGUAUUUGUUUUACACUGGCUGUCCAGAAGUAGUUGAGUAAACUGCAGGCCUAGUUAUCAUGUUACAAGUCUCUUCUGCCUAUCCAAAUUACCUUCAGGUGUUAGAGCUUGGGCGAAUGCUCUUCGUUUGUAAACAUAUUUUCUGUAUUUAACAAAAAAUGAAGUCUUUGAUUAUAUAUCAUUUGAACAAAUAAUUUGUUAAAUUAAAGCAGGAGUUGUUAAUUUUUCUAUGCUCAUGGUCAAAAACUAAUGUAGAUGGCUUCAAACCUAGUGUGAUAAGCUAAGCAAGUAAUGAAUAAUCUUUACAAAGUAGAUAUUGCAUGCGUUAGGGAUCAGACUGAUCUUUCAUUAUUUGUGGUAUCUGUUUUACACCCGCUGUCCACGAGUAGUUGAGUAAAUUUCAGGCCUAGUUAUCAUGUUAAAAAUCUGUACUGCCUAUUUAUUUUUCUUCAGGUGUUAGAGAUUGGGAGUAUGCUUCUGCUUUUGUUGACAUAUUUUUUGUAAUUAAAUAAAAAGAAGGAUUGAUUAUAGAUAUCAUUUUAAACACUGAAUGCCUUAAAUUAAAGCAGGAAUCAUUAUUUUUUCCAUGCUCAAAGCCUUAAACUAAAUUCCCGUAAAUGGCUUCAAACUUAGUGAGAUAAACAAAGCUAGUUAGGAAUAUUUUUCACAAAGUAAAUAUUACAAUAGCUAGGGAUCAGACUGAUCUUUCAUAAUUUGUGGUAUCUGUUUUACACCCACUGUCCAGGAGUAAAUUCUUGUAAUUUUCAAAUUAAUUAGAAAAUCCAAGCUUCCAUGACUUCAACCUCUAUUAGUUGACUAAUAAGAGUUCUUGGACUUAAAGUUAUCAUAAUUAUGGUCCUUCUCAACUUUUUUACACACACUAUGCUUCACAUCUAACUCAUUAACUUUUUCUUUAAUGUCAUUACCAAACAGCAUAUCCGUCACUGGUGUUGUAUUGUCAUAUAGAGCUUUAUACUAUGGUUGAAUGUCCCCCUUAAUGAAACUCCUUUGUCUAAAUGUUAUUUCCCUGUAAUUGACUUGAAAUAACAGAUAAGUAUCACUACAUGUAACUGCAUACAUCUAAAGUUCCUCUUUAGUCAUUCCUUACUGCUUAGCGUAUUUUUCAACAAACUUAUCUAUCAUGUUCAUUAACGGACAUGCUGCUUUAGACAGUAGAUUUUCAAAACAGGAUGUACAACUCAAAGUGAAGAAUUAAAAAAAAAUCAAAAUUUAAGAUAAAAAACAUAAAUCAAGUGUAACAUUCACAUAUUUUAUAGAGAGGCAUAUUUUAACUGAUUAUUAGUGCAUUAUCAUUUAAAUUCUAUUUCAAAAUAUAAAAGGUUUAACAUCCUUAUAAAUAGAAUAAUUAUUCUGUAAAUAAUUUCACACACAAAUACAAUUUAAUUUUAAAUUUGGUGCCUGAAUAGAAGUUUAAAAAUAUAUAGCUAUUUAAAUCAUGCAGUGCUUGAGCAUGGCUGCUGAUGGCGCGGUCCACACAGAGAGCUUUUUUUUUAAUGUAGUCAGAUGUUUCCAAUUGUUCCUUUUCUCACCUGGAUAAAUAAAAAUCCAAUCUUUUGUCUCAAUAUCAAGGCCACAGCGACCUUCAAUAAGAGAAAUUCCAUCAGUUGGAUGUUGCCCUUCUGGUAUGAAAUCCCCAGCUAACAGCUUCACUUGCCUUAUUCUUAGAUGUCAUUUGUUUCCAAAAACCUAAAAUAAUAGUAUUGAUUUAGUACAUUGACAUUUAACAUUGAGAUAGUAUGUACAUUGUUGUUCUAAAUGAUAUUUUUACAUCAUGUAUUAUAUAUAUUUCUCUACUGCAAAAUUUUAAUUUAUGAUACUCUAAGCAUAUAGGUUCAAAUUCCAGGUUCAAUUCAAUAUUUAUUUUUUUAAACACAGCAGCUAGUGGUUAGACUUGGGAUAUAAUAUCUAUUAUACUUUAUGGCAUUUUUAUACAUCUUCUUAUCAAAUAAUUGGCAUGUACCUCAUAUAUCAAGAUUACAUUUCUGUAGAAAAUGGAAUAAUCAAAACCAACAUGAUUUUACAUCCUCUCUCAAGUAGAAGUCGACAGACCUCCAGAUGUCCUUUCUCUUCAGCAGAUUGAGGAGGAUAUAUCUAACAUUCUUGGUGGUGUUUAUUACACCCUCUUAAAAGUUAUUGAUGUGUAAAUCUUCUAUCAAGAUAUCUUGAUUAAAAGGAAUAAUUGCACUGCAUUCUAUUUUUCAUGUAACCAGUUUCUGCCUUUUAUCCAUUUACCUUCAGGUGUUAGAGCUUGGGCAUAUGCUUCUGCUUUUUUUUUAUGUAUAUUCUGUAUUUUUUUGGGGAAAAUUAAGACUUCUUUUAUACCAUUCAUUCAAAUAAUGGUUAAAUUAAAGCAGAAAUUGUUAAUUUUUCCACGUUUAUAGUAAUACUUUUUUUAACAUAUUUUAAAUGAUUAUUAGUGCAUUAUCAUUUAAAUUCUAUUUCAAAAUAUAAAAAGUUUAACAUCCUUGUAAUACGUAUAAUAAUAAUGUAAAUAAUUUCACACACAAAUACAAUUUAAUAUUGAAUUUGGUGCCUGAAUAGAAGUUUUAAAAUAUAUAGCUACAAUAUGAUGUUAUUUAAAUAAUGAAGUGCUAUACCAUGUCUGCUGAUGGCACGGGCCACACAAAUAGAGUUUUUCUUUUAAAUGUGGUCAGAUGUUUCUACUUGUCCCUUUUCUCACCUGAAUAAAUAAAAAUCCAAUCUUUUGUCUGAAUAUCAAGGCCACAGUGACCUUCAACAAGAGAAAUUCCAUCAGUCGGAUGUCUCCCUUCUGGUAUGACAUCCCCAGCUAGCAGCUUCACAUGUCUUAUUCCUAGAUGUCAUUUGUUUCCAAAAACCUUAAAUAAUAGUAUUGAUUUAGUACAUUUACAUUUAACAUUGAGAUAGUAUGCACAUUGUUGUUCUAAAAGAUAUUUUUACACCAUGUAUUAUAUAUAUUUCUCCUAACUACUGCAAAAUUUUAAUUUAUGAUACUCUAAGCAUAUAGGUUCAAAUUCCAGGUUCAAUUAAAUAUCUAUUUUUUUUAACACAGCAGCUAGUGGUCAGACUGGGGAAAUAAUAUCUAUUAUACUUUAUGGCAUUUUUAUGUCAAGAUUAUGUUUCUGCAGAAAAUAUAAUAAUAAAAAAAAAACAUGAUUUACAUCCUCUCUCAAGUAGGAGUCUAUAGACCUCCAGAUGUCCUUUCUCUUCAGCAGAUUGAGGAGGUAAUAUCUUAACAUUCUUGGUGGUGUUUAUUAAACCCUCUUAAAAGUAAUUGAUGUGUAUAUCUUCUAUCAAGAUAUCUUGAUUAAAAGGAAUAAUUGCACUGCAUUCUAUUUUUCUUGAAACAAGUUUCUGCGUUUUAUCCAUUUACCUUCAGGUGUUAGAGCU